CAAAAGGGGCAGUAUUCUUGAGAAGUUAUGGCCGCUUCUACUUCUCCUUCUCGACCUACUGAUCCUCACUGCAACCACAUCCCCUUCGGUCAUGAACCUCCUUGGCGAUAAUUCCGACCAGAUCAUCGCCCUUCGCCAUGCCCAGCGAGCCGAAGAGAAAGGAAGCGAGCAGAAGAGCCGUUCGCUUUGUCUCUGCUUUGAUGGAACUGGUGAUCAAUUUGACGAUGACAUCUCCAAUGUGGUCAGGCUCUUUUCAGCUCUCGAAAAGGGAAACCCCGAAGAGCAGCUCGUCUUUUAUCAGCCCGGAAUCGGUACAUACCUCGACUCAAGGACAAGCUUUUUGAGCCCAACGGUGGCAAAGUUGCUCGACAUGGCCAUUGGCUCCUCACUGGAGCAUCACGUUCACGAGGGCUAUGCCUUCCUCCAGCAGAAUUACCGAAAGAACGACAGGAUCUGUCUCUUCGGCUUCUCUCGUGGGGUCUACACCUGUCGCGCUCUGGCCGGCAUGCUCUACAAAGUCGGCCUCUUGCCACCCAACAAUGAAAGCCAGAUCGCCUUUGCUUACAACUUCUUUAAAGAUAAUUCAGACAAAGGUUGGGACAUGAGUGCUGAAUUCAAGAAGGCUUUUUCGAUCCCCGUCAAGAUCCACUUCAUGGGAUGCUGGGACAGCGUAGCCAGCGUAGGAGGCCUGAUUCCCAGAUCGCUGCCGUUCGAUGAGGAAGGUAACGUGGCAGUGCGCCACUUUCGCCACGCGCUCAGCCUCGACGAACGCCGUGCCAAAUUCAAGCCCAACGUCUGGCACCGCAAAGCGGACGCAGACGAGAAAGAGGAGAAGCUCAAACGAGCACAAACUGCCGAUUUGAUUCUCGAACCGCUCCAAAAAGCCGGUCACAGCCUCGUGGAGAGCCCCGAAGCGCUUGUGACAUCGCACAUCGACUCUGAAGAAACCAACACGGGUAAGAGUCGCAAGGAUUCAGCAACUGCCUCUGAGGUCAAACAUGGCGGUCUCUCUGCCUCGGCCUCCGGAACCUUGCACAGCCCUCCCGCUUCUGGUGUUAAUGAGCUCAGGCGUCGAGCCUCGCAUAUCGAGAAGCCCUCGCCCUCCCGUUCCAACCAUGAACUUGACCGAGCCUUCACUAGCCCUGCUAUGUACGCAACGUUCUUCAAGAAGGACUCUUUCCACGAGAAAAGGAAAAUGGAACGCAAAGAGACGGCAAUCCAUAUGGAGCGCUUCCAAGAGCUUGACAGGACCUUCUACGGCGACGACGCUGUCCCGACCGACAUUCUGGAGGUCUGGUUUUCGGGUUCCCACAGCGAUGUCGGCGGAGGUGCAGUCAAGAACAACCAGCGGAAUGCUCUCCAUCGCAUUCCACUACGAUGGAUGAUCCGUCAGACAUUUCUAUGUGACUCAGGCAUCAUCUACAGCAAAUCUCUACUCAAGGAAUUUGGGCUGGCCGUGGAAAGCCUCUCGCCCCAAUAUGUCUUUCUUGAGGAUCUCGUCACAUCGCAACAAUCUUGCAAUACGAUGGGCCUCGACUUCCGCCCGCAAACUUCUCCGAAGGGCAACGUACGUGCGACCGACGAUCGCUAUCGAAACAAAGGCUUCUUUGACAAGGCACCCUUCAGGACCGAAGACCUUGAGCAUUUCGUCAAGAUGGUCAAGUCGCCCUCGUAUCUCCCAGGCGCUGAGACGAUCUCAUCGACGUCGACAUCAGGCCUUCUCGCCGCUGUGCAGGCGGAGCUCAUCGAAGACUUCAGUGAUUUGCAGAACCAUGUCAACGAUGCCCUCGUCAAACAGAAGCUCUGGUGGAUCCUCGAAUUCAUUCCUACCCACGUUCGCGUGCUUGGAGAGGACGGCAAGUGGAAGAACCGCUUCAUUGCAAAUCUCGGCCGCUACCGCGACGUGCGCGGCAUGGCUCCAAAGUGCCACUGGACGGCAAAGGAGCGCGAGCGUCUGCUGGAGUACAAGGUCCAGGUGACUAAGAAGCAAGGCGCGGAGUGGGACGUUGUCUACUAGAACAUUAUUGAAGUCCAUCAGAAAAGGCACAUAAGACAGAACCGAAUUGUCAGAAGCACAAAGGAAGUGCCUUCUUGGAU